GGAUCAUCACCAUGAGCUGGAUGUAUGUCUUUCUACCCAUCGUCUGGGGUGCUGUUGUGUCCUCUUACACAGUAGUGGAGCGGACCGUGAGACCAGGAGAAAACGUUAGUCUACAGUGUGACUUUAAACUCUCAUCUGGGGAAACUAUUGUUUGGUUCAGGAACUGUUCUCAUGAAAAUCAGCCAACACUUACUCUGAAAUGGAAGAACAGAGAUCAUGGCACUUUUGAUUACGUAGAGAAUGGAAUACAUUUCUCCCAUUUAAAUAUGAAGUGGAACGAUUCGUCAAAAUCAUACAACUUACUGAUUAAAAACAUCACUGAUUCUCACCUUGGUCUCUACUACUGUGGAAGUGAAAAAACGAUUGUGAUAGAUGGAGACAAGAUUGUUCAAAAAUAUAUCAGCAGAUAUGGAAAUCUGACCACAAGGAUUUCAUUUGUUGUUGGAGACUCUGCUGCUCCAGACUGUGGAGAGUGCUGGAUGCUGCUGGUCAUCCUGUGUCCAUCCUCUGCUCUUCUCCUCUCCCUCCUCUCAUCCUUGGUCGUCUACCUCCGCUGCAGAAGGAAAGAUGAAGACCUCCAUGUUGCUCAGGGAACACCCAACAGUAGAGAUGUAACAUCAAUCAGGAACCAGGAUGAAGAUGGCUUGUGUUACGCUACACUGGAUAUCCCUCUACGUUCUCAGAGACCUAAAAAGAAGAGAGUCCAACCCUCAGAGUUCAGCACCUACUCAGCCAUCAAUACUAAGAGGAUGUGACCAUGACCAAGUCUUUUAAUGCAAACACAUGGACUCUACUUCCUUAAUAUGACCUAAUCUUUGUGCUGUCUAGAGGAGGAAGAACAUCAAUUUCCACUUCAGUCUCAAGAUAAUGCAAACAUUUAAGAAAGUAAACCCGAUAUUAUGUUUGCACUUUAGAUUUUUAGAUACUGUUUGUUGUAAUGGUUUAUUAUCUAUUACGAUUGAGUGAAGGGAAAUGGACAAAGGCCUCUGUAUGUGUAUCAGGUCGUAACAUUUUGCUCUGGCCCAUGUCAACAUAGCUUUCUUCUCUUCACUGGCAGAGCUCUUGGGGUCGCUGGGAAGAAGCUCUUGUGUGGUGGGAGAAUAAUCACUGGGUCUUUUCUUCCUAAAACAAAAUGAACUGCACUCUGACCGUGAUUGUAUGACAGGCUAGCAUUGCAUGGUUUCCUUUUCAUAAUUGAUAUUUGACAUAUCCUCCUUUUCGUUGUUGGUUGCCUGGAAAGGCGUGGCAAUGAAGACACCAGGCACCUUUAUGAAAAAUGUAUUUUCAACCAGAAGUGGUGGCAACGGACACACAGAAAAGGCGGAGCGCUCUGUAAAAAGGUGUUGGGUGCAGCGUGUUUUCUCUGGGCUGCCGCAUGCGUUCUCAUAGGCCCUCUCCUUAUGGGCAACAAUCUUAAAAUAAUCGGACUCACAAACACGCUAUGUGGACACGGCCCUUGUUUCUUUUGCUUUGAUCCGGUUAGUUAAAGGGGUCCUGUCCAUAAUGUUGUCAGACACAUAAUGAUGUUUGCCCGUAUAUUUCCCUCAGACCCUGAUGCAGACACAGAUUCAACCUCCUCUUCGUUGUUUGUGUGUGUGUGUGUGUGUGUGUGUGUGUGUGUGUGUGUGUGUGUGUGUGUGUGUGUGUGUGUGUGUGUGUGUGUGUGUGUGUGUGUGUGUGUGUGUGUGUGUGUGUGUGUGUGUGUGUGUGUGUGUGUUUGUGCUUGGGUGCCUUUGAUAAGACAUGGUUGGUGUGUAAGCUGUAUCUUGAAGGACCUGCUGACCCAUGAUGCUUGCUGUGAUUCUGUUUUAUUUCCCAGACAACCCAUAACAUAACCGUUUUUCUCAUGUUGGCACAUAUCUUCAUUGAUGUGUUAGUGUUUGAAGAGAUAAAAUCCUG